AUGGGCAGGCUUUCAGAACCCGAGCUCAGCAAUGGGCCCCUCUCUCCCACCAGCUCUUCCGACGAGCUGCCCGACGCCUCUCUUCUCAGCCGUCGAAAACGACAGCUGGCAGCCGCCCAACGGCGAAGGGGCUCCGUCAGCAGCACCCCCUCUCUUAGAACCAGUCACAGUGACAUGUUUCGUGAAGAGGAACUGUCGACUCGAGAUCCCAGUAGUGCGCACCCUUCUUCUGAGCUCCAGCCAAGUGGGGAGUGCGCUUCUAAGGGGGGGUUCACGGGUACUAGGAAGUUGUCUUGGCGACAGCAGAAUGGUCGGGCACCAGAUGACGUCAGCGUGGCUCAUAAAGAGUCGAUCGAGAGCAUCCCACGAGCGGAGUGGACGAUGGGCAGGCGACCGAGCUGGCGCCGGUCGUCGGCGGCGGACGGGAACGGCGAGAAACUAGAUACGGAGGAGCAUCAGCCGUUGAUGCAGCUGGAAUCCGGUGGGGCUGGUUGUAAGGCGGGCCUGGCUGGCGAAGCUGAGCAAGUGGGGAAAGGCACGACGUACGCCGUCCAGCAACUAGCAGAGGUUGGUUCUAACAGGGAACAGAAAAACAGGGAACAGGAAGGUCACCUCGGGGCGGAUGUGCUAGAGAGGCACCGACAGAAUGGGGCUUUGCUUGCCGACCAAACCAUUGAGGUGGUCACUCAGAAAGUGUCCAGCACAGAGGGUACUGUGCGCACAGGCGAGAUGCAGCUUUUGCAUCUGGAUUCUGGUGUGACGGGUGACAGGAUGGAUGUACAAGCUUCCGCAGGACUUGCUCCCGUAAAUGGGCACCCCGCAGGAGAAGAAGAAGGGGGGGAGCAAGGAGAGAUGCCUGGCUUCAAGGAGAGCAACAACAGCGGGGGUGCUCAGAAGAGCGCCGAAUGGAAUGAUGGAGAGAAUCGACGGGAUUGCGAUGCAGGAGGGGCACCUAUGGAGGACGAAGGACAGGGCGAUAAGGGGACACAAAAAGGAAAGGACUUCACGCGGGAAGAAGACAAUGAGCAGAUAAGGAGUGAGCGAGUCCUUGGAACCGGUAGGAGGCGAUCUGCCAGCAUCGCAGAGCUAAAACGGCUGGCAGCUGUCGAAAUAAGGUCCCGGCGAAAAAGUGAGACUGACGUCACUACUCAGCAGCUGAGCGAGAGUGAUGCCAGUUCCAGAACUGAUAUGCUUCGAAGAGCGGAAAGUCAAGUGGGCACGGAUCUCCUGAGUCCAAUGGAUGUUGCACACGAAAUCGUAGUCGAUCGGGUGGAAGAAUCGUCCGCCGACGAUGUGGUGGCAGGUAGGAUCAAGGAGGAUGCGCAGGCGGCAGCGACGAAAAAAGAAGUACAUAGCGAAGAAGGGGGAAUUGGUCCGGACCUUCAGUUGAGAGCCGAAAGAGUGUCUACGGACGUAGAGAUGGUACAUGAGAGGAAGCAACAUGCAUUGGAAGAGGAAGGGAGGGUGGCGAACGAAGAGGAUCAGGGGACGAGAGUCCAAAGGAAAGGCAAAAGACGGACGUCUGGGGACAUCCUCAAAGGAGACUGGCUGACCAAAGCGCGUGAGAUUGGGGCAGCGGAUUGGGCUGUUUCUACGGAGUCGGCAAAAGGGAGAAGUAGAGAGGAUGCCGGAAGGGGGGUGAAACGCGGGGUUGAGAGCGGGGGGGGGGGACGAAGAGGCAGUGGUCGAGCGACGGACAAGAGAAUUGCGCCAAAAGUAGACGCAGAAAAGCAAGAGAGGGGGGCAACCGCCGUGAUGGGAGAUGUUCCGGUUGAGACCCGGGGGAUCCCCCACUUCGCGGACGAGGCCGCACUGCAGGCGCGCAUUCGCGCCGAGGUCGACGCCGCCGUCCAAUCCGCUGCUGCCACGUGGCAGGAGUCUCUCGCGGGGAAGCUCCUGGACAGAACGCGGAACAUGGUGUCGUUCGAGAUGACCCGGGUUUGGGAGGAGGUUAAGCAAGCCAGAAAGCAGUUAAGAGAAGCGUCGGAAGGAGCGAGUCGGACCGAAAGUGCGUCCAAGGAAGUGGAGAGAUUGCGGAGUGAGCUGGGUCGGGUUAGGGAGGAGCUAACGCGGGUUAGGAUGGAGAGCAAGAGAGAUCUUGAGGCUGGUCUGGGCGGUGUUAGGAAAGAUUUGGAGGGGGUUAGACAAGGGGUUAAAGUUGAGGCCGGAGAUGACGUUGCGAAGUUGCAAGAAGCGAUGCAAAGCGUCCGAGAACAGGUUGAUGGGGUACGGAAGGAGAUUCGAGAAACAAAGAACGGGUUUGGACACAGUGAACGCAACAAUGAAAAACUUGCAAUUUCCGUGAGUGCUAAUCUCGUUGCCUUGGAAGAGUUGCGGAGCCGCGUUUUGGCCCUCGAAAGCAAAAGCCCGGGGCCCGCAAAGGGCUCGGAAGAAGCGGUCGGCAGCGAACCCGUUCUGGCAAUGCGGACACAGAAAAUCGAAGCGGACCUGGAAAACCUGCGGCGAGAAUUGUCCGCACUGCAGGCGAGCGUUGCGGACGUCCGGAACGAGUCGGAAGAGAGCGUCAAAGUGUGCAAGGAAGAAGCUUCAAGCGUCAGAAACGAAACGGAAAAUCUGAGAGGCCUUGUCAGCCGCCAGAGAGACGUCGCGAAGCAGGUGGAAGGGCUGCGACAAGAGCUGGAACAGGGCCUCGCCGGCAGCGACGCUAGAGUCAGCAAAGUAGAGCGGGAUAUGCGAGCGAGCGAACGCGCGCUCGCGCAGAAGCUCGCGCUUGUCAGGGGCGCGAACGGGGAACGCUUAGACGAUCUCGAGGAGCGGCUGCCGAGCCCCGCGGCGGAGAAAGCGGAAGCGGUGGCGUGCGCUUCGAAGCGGACGGAGGACCAGCUGGCGCGCGUGGAGGAGCGGAUUGGAUUGAUGCUGGGGCUGGUUUCAAAAGGGGGCCAAGACGACCGUUCCCCUCUGGACGCGGCCGUCCCGAACAAUCCGCUAGACGUUCCACAGGCCGUGCUUGCACUCAAGGAACGGCUAGAGCUCCUCGAGAAGCGGACGGCCCAGUCCGCGCCAGUCGUGGCAGGCCUUGCGAACCGGGUUGGGGCGUUCGAGACCACUCUGCGAGAGCUGCGGGAAGCAAAUUUCGAAAGCGAGAACAAGGCCUCCGGACACGCUGUGCCGUCCGAAAGAGCAUACGAAACGGACGGGAAAGGUUCAAACGCGCGCGCACAUAGGGGCGCUGACUCAGCUUCGUCCCUAGAAGAGCGACUCGAACUUGUGGAACAAAUACUGAUUCUGGAGACCGGCGCGUCGGACCUACGUGGCUUCCUUAACCCCAAACCCGCAAACGCUCUCAGCCCCACUGCCAAACCCACAAAGCCGCUCAGCCCCAGAUCUCCUAACCCCGUCCUCAGCCCAAAACCCUCGAACCCCAAGGCUGUGAGCGGGCAACAGCCGCCCGCGAGCGCCGACGCGAAGCCGCGGCUCGCGAGCGUCGAGCGGAGGUUGGGGGGUUUGGAGGCGCGGCUCGACGCGCUCGCGUCCAACGAGGCGGCGGGCGCGGCUGCGCAGGCGGAGACGCGCGCGCGCGUGCAGGGUUUGGACAAGAGGGUUCAGGGUUUGCACCGGAAUUUGGACCUGGAAGCGCAGCUGAGCAAGCGCGUGGCGGCCGCGGAGUGGCGGCUCGAGCAGGUCGCGUCUCUGGUCAUCGCCAACACGCGCGGGCUCGAGGCGCAGGUCGAGCGCGCGCAGGAGGACUCCACGCUCGCGAAGGACGCGGCCGACCUGGCCUCCGGGAAAUGCGGCGCGCUGGCCGCCGAGCUUGUCAGACUCUCCAAGCAGCUAACUGGUGGCACCAAGGAGAGGCGGCUCCUGGCGGCGGCCGCGACUGCCGGCUGA